GGCAGGGCGGGGCUGUCCCGGGGCGUGGCGCAUGCGCAGUCGCGCAGGGGAGCGCGGCCUCCCCCUGGCGCGAUGGCCGAGGAAAAAAUGGAAAUCGCCGCUCCUCCGACAUCAAAGUGUAUUAUAUACUGGAAAAGAAAAGUCAAGUCUGAAUAUAUGCGUCUUCGGCAGCUCAAGAGGUUUCAGGCAAACAUGGGAGCCAAGUCUCUGUUUGUGGCCAACUUCGCGAAGGUUCAUGAAAAGACUCAAAUUCUGAAUGAAGACUGGAAGAAGCUUCGGGUCCAGCCCGUGCAAUUGAUGAAGCCGGUCAGCGGGCAUCCGUUCCUAAAACAGUGUACAGUUGAGAGCAUUUUCCCGGGAUUUCCAAGCCAGACGCUGUACAUGAGGACCCUGAACACGGUGGCGCUGGUGCCCAUUAUGUACUCCUGGUCCCCGCUCCAGCAGAAUUUCAUGGUGGAGGAUGAAACUGUUCUGUGUAAUAUCCCUUACAUGGGAGAUGAGGUGAAGGAAGAAGAUGAAACUUUCAUUGAAGAACUCAUUAAUAACUAUGAUGGGAAGGUUCAUGGAGAGGAAGAAAUGAUUUCAGGGUCAGUCCUCAUCAGUGACGCUGUGUUCCUGGAGCUAGUGAACGCCCUGAAUCAGUACUCGGAUGAGGAGGAGGAAGGACACAACGAUUCUGAGGUUAAACAGGAGGAUGGGAAAGAGGAGCUGCCGGUCACAAGGAAAAGAAAGCGAAUUGCAGUGGAAGGUAACAAGAAGUGUUCAAAGAAGCGGUUUCCAAAUGACAUGAUAUUUACUGCUAUUUCUUCUAUGUUUCCUGAAUACGGCUUCCCAGACGAUAUGAAAGAGAGGUACCGGGAGCUCACGGAAGUGUCGGACCCGAACGUGCUGCCGCCGCAGUGCACUCCCAACAUAGACGGGCCGUGCGCGAAGUCGGUCCAGCGGGAGCAGUCCCUGCACUCCUUCCACACCCUCUUCUGCCGCCGCUGCUUCAAAUACGACUGUUUUCUGCAUCCUUUUCAUGCUACUCCUAAUGUGUACAAACGAAAGAAUAGAGAGACCAAGAUCGAGCCAGAUCCUUGCGGAGCAGACUGUUUCCUCUGGCUGGAAGGAGCCAAGGAGUUUGCUGCGCUGCACAACCCCAGGUCCAAGUGCUCGGGCCGGCGCCGCCGGAGGCACCACGUGGUGGGUGCUUCCUGCUCAAACAACCCGGCUUCCACCGUCGCCGAGACGAGGGAGGGUGACAGCGACCGAGACACGGGCAACGAGUGGGCCUCUAGCUCCUCGGAGGCAAACUCCCGCUGCCAGACCCCCACCAAGCAGAAGCUGAGCCCAGCCUCCUCCCAGCUGUUCGCGGUGGAGACGCCGCAGGAGCCCGUCGAGUGGACGGGAGCCGAGGAAUCGCUCUUCCGUGUCUUCCACGGGACCUACUUCAACAACUUCUGCUCAAUUGCCAGGCUGCUGGGGACAAAGACAUGCAAGCAGGUCUUUCAGUUUGCAGUGAAAGAGUCGCUUAUAACAAAACUGCCAACAAACGAAUUAAUGAAUCCAUCCCAGAAGAAGAAAAGGAAGCACAGGCUGUGGGCUGCGCACUGCAGGAAGAUUCAGCUGAAGAAAGAUAAUUCACCUACCCAGGUGUACAACUACCAGCCCUGCGACCACCCCGAGCAUCCCUGUGACAGCUCCUGCCCUUGCAUCAUGACUCAGAAUUUCUGUGAGAAGUUCUGCCAGUGCAACCCUGACUGUCAGAACCGCUUCCCAGGCUGCCGCUGUAAAACCCAGUGCAACACCAAGCAGUGCCCGUGCUACCUGGCUGUGCGGGAGUGCGAUCCGGACCUCUGCCUGACCUGCGGGGCUUCGGAGCACUGGGACUGCAAGGUGGUCUCCUGCAAGAACUGCAGCAUCCAGCGAGGUCUCAAAAAGCACUUGUUGCUGGCACCGUCGGAUGUCGCCGGCUGGGGGACUUUCAUCAAGGAAUCUGUGCAGAAGAAUGAGUUCAUCUCCGAGUACUGCGGCGAGCUUAUUUCACAGGACGAGGCUGACCGGCGAGGGAAGGUCUACGACAAGUACAUGUCCAGCUUCCUCUUCAACCUCAACAACGAUUUUGUUGUUGAUGCCACCCGCAAAGGAAAUAAAAUCCGCUUUGCCAAUCACUCGGUGAACCCCAAUUGCUAUGCCAAAGUUGUGAUGGUGAACGGAGACCACCGGAUAGGGAUCUUUGCCAAGAGAGCCAUCCAGGCGGGAGAGGAGCUCUUCUUUGAUUACAGGUACAGCCAGGCAGACGCCCUGAAGUAUGUCGGCAUAGAGAGGGAGACGGAUAUCAUCUAGGCUCUGUGCGGGGCGGUCCCCAGCACACCUCGCUGCUGCACCUUGUAAGCAAUGCCAUGUUUGCUUCACGCUGACAUGACUGCUGCUGCUCCCGUUGCUGUGUGUGUCACAAGUGCUACUUGCCAUCCAGACGCCCAGAGAGAGACUCAAGGCAGGAGUGUGAGCGGCUGGUGCCGGGGGUGGCAGCUUUGCCAGCCCUGGGCUGGGGCAGGCUCCGGAGCCUCGCUCUGCAGGCGGCCUCCCGGGCUGGAGGGAGCCCGUGGACCGAGGCACCGGGGCCUCGAAGACAAGCUGUGGUGCAGGAGGAGGGACAGCUGCAAAUCCUCAGUCUCUUUCUAUUUUCUGCUGGCUGCUGGAAGAACAGGAGUGAGUGAGGUACUGCCUGCACCGAGAGCCGGGGCGCAGCUGAGGGGCUGGUGCUCCCCUCCAGCCCUGUCCCCUGCGAUGGGCUCCGCUCUUGGGUGUCACCUCUUGCUGCCUGUUUUGUCCCGUUGACGAGGACAGCGACAGGGUUGGAAGCCAUAGAGACGUGGCUGCAGCAGUCCCUGGGCCCCAGGCUGCUGUCACUGGGGCUCAGUUUCCCUCUGCCCCAGCUGGCUGGGGGACAGAGACCGCCUGGCCACGGGUGGGGUGGCAUGAUGCCUGGGGACGGGGAGAGCAGCACUAUGUGAACCGUCACUUUGGGCAGGGGUGCCACUGGGCUGGUUAGAGACAAUGUCACAGGGGUGCUGCUGCAAGAGGAGUCCGGAGGCGGCAGGAGCCCGUGAGCCUGAGGAAGCCCUUCCAGCCUGCGGCGUUUUCUCGUGGCUGUGGGGUGGCUGGCUGGCUUGUAGCUUUCCCCAGCUGCUCUGCUGCGUGGCCCUUCUGGGGCUGGCGUGGGGACGCUUCUGCUGGGCAGCUUUGGGGCUGCGGCAGGGAUGGUCCCGCAGGCCGGCUGGGGCUGCACCCGGAGCAGGAGAUGGGCAGGUGGUUCCUGACUACAAGAUACCGGAGCUGGUUCCUCCACCCUCCUCUGUCAGGACGGUCCCUGUCAGAGCGGCGUGGGCUCUGUGGGAGCUGCUGGGGCCUUCAGGAGCCAGCAAAGUGGGUCAGGAGCCUUUCGUUGCACAGGACUUGAAUGUUGCUGAGCUGAGGUUUGCAGAGACCUGCUGCUGCCUGCAGCAACCCAGGGAUGGCUCCUCAGAGACCUGCCAUGGGGUUUCUGACCCUGGCCCUGGGGAUAAAGGGGAUAUGUUCUCUGGCAGGGUGAGGUUUGGCCUUAGCACCCCAUGCAAAAAGAGAAAGAAAAAAAAGCACUUUAGUCCUUCUCAGCCGGCAGCUGGGCGCCGUGUACCGCUCGGGGGCUGGAGGGCCCACAGGUGUCCCAAGCUGGCUGGUGUCCCUCAGCAGCACCUUUGCAGGGAUGCUGCUCCGGGCCUAGGAUGAAGCAGGCUGGGGGGGGCUCCUCCCUGAACAGGGCCUGGGGUGACCCCCAAAGGAUGGGGCUGUCCAGCCGCCUGCCCAGCCUGAUGCUGGGGGCCAGCGCUGGGCUCCCAGGAUGGCACGAGGAGCCCAGUGGAGCCCCGACGUGGCACCAAGGGUGCCAGAACCACUCUCCCCAUUUUGUGGGGCUGUGGGGGAGGAUGGUGGGCACUGGCUGGGGCACCGCACAGGGGUGAGCAGUGCUGGGGCCCUUGCCCUGCUCCUCUGUGGUGCCGUGGGGCUCCCAAGGUGCAGCCCCGUCCUAGCCCUGUGGUCCACAAACGCAGAGGGGUGCUGGGUCUGCCCCAGGAGCCGAGCCCUCCCUGGCACAGCCCUGUGCCGUGACUUUUCCAGCCUCCCCGCCUGCUGGUGAGGCUGUCCCGUCCUUCCUGCUGUCGGUGAUGCCCUCCUGAGGCUGGGAGGGGGUUGGGUCUGUCUGGAGCAGUGCUUGUACCCCAGCACCUGCCUGAGCCCCGUUCCCCGUCUGCUCGGCUCGCCCUGACCUUGCUCUCAGCUCAGCAUCCUCUACCACUUUGGCCAUAUCUGCACUACGCCAGGCUUGUGUCUGUGGUUUGUUGAUGGUGAAUAAUAAUGCACUUUAAAAAUAACGUGGCUUGUAGCCUUUGUCAUAAUAAAGUGGUAGCAAACA